AUGUGCCCGACAGAAGCUCCCAGCGCCACCAAUGGCGUCGCCAACGAGGCCGACCGUGUCGAGAUCCCCGUUGCCUCGGCUCCUCGCCAGAACCGCUCCAACCCUUACCAGCCCGUCGGUGACUAUCUCUCAAAUGUCGGCCGCUUCAAGAUCAUUGAGUCUACUCUGCGUGAGGGCGAGCAGUUCGCCAACGCCUACUUCGACCUUGAUAUGAAGAUCAAGAUUGCCAAGGCUCUCGAUGCUUUUGGCGUUGACUACAUCGAGCUCACGUCUCCUGCGGCUUCUGAGCAAUCGCGGCAGGACUGCGAGGCCAUCUGCAAGCUUGGCCUCAAGGCAAAGAUCCUGACUCACGUUCGCUGCGACAUGCGCGACGCCAAGAUCGCUGUCGAGACUGGUGUUGAUGGCCUCGACGUUGUCAUUGGCACCUCCCACUUCCUCCGGGAACACAGCCACGGCAAGGAUAUGGCUUACAUCACCAAGACCGCUAUCGAGGUCAUUGAAUACGUCAAGUCUAAGGGACUGGAAGUCAGAUUCUCCUCUGAGGAUUCGUUCCGCUCUGACCUCGUCGACCUGCUCUCUCUCUACAGCGCCGUCGACAAGGUCGGCGUCAACCGUGUUGGUAUUGCCGACACUGUCGGUUGCGCGUCGCCCCGCCAAGUUUACGAUCUUGUGCGGACACUUAGAGGCGUUGUCUCCUGUGACAUCGAGACACAUUUCCACAACGACACUGGCUGCGCUAUCGCCAAUGCGUACUGCGCACUCGAGGCCGGCGCUACCCACAUCGACACCAGUGUCCUAGGCAUCGGCGAGCGUAAUGGUAUCACCCCUCUUGGUGGCUUGAUGGCUCGCAUGGUGGUCGGCGAACCCGAGUACGUCAAGAGCAAGUACAAGCUGCACAUGAUCAAGGAGAUUGAGGAUCUCGUGGCUGAGGCUGUCGAGGUCAACACUCCAUUCAACAACCCCAUCACUGGAUUCUGUGCCUUCACGCACAAGGCCGGUAUUCACGCCAAGGCCAUCCUCAACAACCCAAGCACAUACGAGAUUCUGAACCCCAGUGACUUCGGCUUGACCCGCUACGUGCACUUUGCGUCCCGUCUGACGGGCUGGAACGCUGUCAAGACGCGUACUGCACAGCUUGGUCUGACCAUGACCGACGACCAGGUCAAGGAGGUAACUGCCAAGAUCAAGACCCUGGCUGACAUCAGGCCGAUCGCCAUCGACGAUGCGGACUCGAUCAUCCGGAGUUAUCACUUGACACUGCAGGAGCAGAAGGUCCCUGCGCCCGAUGCUGUCCCGACGGUCGUAGCGUAG